UCUUGUUCUACUAUCAAAUCCUCCACACUUUCCACCCUCCCCUCUCUUCCCUCCUUGAGUGGUUCAUAGGUAUCGAUUCUAUAUCUACCUAAUCUCAUCUUACCAACCUCUCAAUCAUCUCACUCUACCAUCAUGGAUUUGGCAAGCCUUCUCCACGGCGCCGCCCCGGCCCCCAAGCUCUAUACCGAGACUUAUGGCAAGCGCUCACUACAAGCGCCUCUUUCGCCCCCGGUCGAGGAUCAACCCAAGUGUUCAUUGCCUUCGAUCUCUACGUUGCUCGAGGGUGCAGAGCACUCAGCUAAGCGUCAACGUCUCAGCCCACCUGCUCACCAGCGCGAUGCUCGCUACGACACCAUCUGCAUGCCUCCCACCCCACCACUCCGUCCAGGCUCAGGAUCCGGCCACAGCAGCAUCUCCCACUCACCCGUCGAACUCAACACUCCCAAACACACCUCCCCACACAUGCACCGCUCCUCCAUCUCCAGCACCACCAGCUCCACGGCUCCUCACCACUCGCACUCGCACUCGCACUCCCACGGACCCUACGCCUCUCCCGCACCCAGCACCUCCUCAACAGGCUCAACCUACACAUCCCCCGUGGAAACCAACCCCCCAAACAACAACACCCUCUACUACCCCCGCCCGCCCAGCACAACCACCUUCAACCCAGCACCCACCACACCCGCCCUCAACACCACCAACAUCCCGCAAUCAACACAUCAACAACCGCAAUCAGCAACCCAACAAUCCCCCUCAGCACUCAUCUCCCCCGUCACUCCCGCCUGGCAACACCAACACCACCACUACUUCCCGCCCUCCAGCGCGGCUCCGUACCAACAAAACCACGACCGCUACAUCUGCCGCACCUGCCACAAGGCUUUCUCCCGACCCUCCAGUCUGCGCAUCCACUCGCACUCGCACACGGGCGAGAAACCAUUCCACUGCACACAUCCCGGCUGUGGAAAGGCUUUCUCCGUGCGCAGUAAUAUGAAGCGUCAUGAGCGGGGUUGUCACUCUGGUCGUCCGGCUGUUCCUGCGCCCCAGGCGUUGGUUUCUUAA